GUAAAGAUAAUCCGCGCGGGUUAGCCGUGCGCGACUUUGGCCUCCGAUCCAAUUAGCCCAAUAAAAUACGUUCGAUCACUUUCUUCUUAAAGUAACUCUCGUUACACACGCCUAUUUUUUCAUCGGCCUAAAGCACUCGCGGCGUAAUUCGAUAACCGCCGCGCAUCGAUCGAUGAAAGUAAGCUCCAUUUAGCGCGGUUUACUGCAACUAUCGCGAAGCGUCACAUAUUAUAGGUGAAAAUAAACGCGCAAACAGGAUUAUUGCUCGCACAUGCAGUCGAUCCCAUAAUAAUUUAAUGAAGCAAUUACGCCCCUCGGAACGACUGUGUUUCGCCGCUAAAGUGCUUGCACUCGAGCGCGCUUGAAAAUUCAACAAUCGCCGGUCUUGCUCGCCUCGGGCAUAAAGUAUAAGAAAAUACCGCGCGGGUAAAUCACGAGCGGAACAUUAUUCGGCAAUCAGCGCACUCGUACAUCAGACCGUUCGGGCAAUUAAUUUUCCGCAGAGCGCUUUUCUCUCUCCCUCCGCUGUUCGCGUGUGACGUCGGCGGCUCCGUGCUGCGGAUUCUGCGCUAUAGGCGCGCACAAAGACCAGUGCGAAAGCGCACACAGAGAGGCUCUCACCUAUACGCCUUCGUAUGGGCUUUAUAAUUUUUAACGAGCCGACGAUAUAAAAGAGCCGGCGACGGGAAUAGAAAAAGUCGCACUUCAGUUUUUCUCGCAGCUCGGAAGCUUGUCGAUCGAUCCGCGGAUCGUUCGUGUGAGCCCGUCGGGCUUUCGGAGAACCGGCGACUUUUUAUCAUCACCAGACAGAGAGCGAGAAAGAGAGAGAGAGAGAGAGAGAGGGACAGAUGACUGCACGCAGUGGGGCGCGGAAUCGCGCGAUCUGGAUCGUCCUGGCGAUUUGGCUCGCGCUUCUCUCGGCGACUGGAGCUGAGUCGCAAUCGAACGAUCACGAACUUCGCCGCCGGCGUCCAGAGCUGCAGCGCGGCCAACGCGAAGCCCAGAUCCGCAAGUCGACCCAGUCGAGCGCGCUUCAAAGCGAGGCAGAGGAACUGCUAGAGUACGGCGACGAGCUUCGCUCGCAGAUCCUCGAGACCCUCGGCAAACUCGUCUACGACCACUACGACGAGCUGAAUCUCGAGCAGCUGGAGACGCUGUAUCGCGUCUACCGAAACACUCUCGAGCGCAAGUACAACAUCUUCGAGACAGCCUCGAGUCUGCGAUGGCGGAGCGAACAUCUCCGGGCCAGCGAUAUCUGCCAGGCGGUGGACGGAAACGUCUGCACGUGCAUCAGAAACAGCUCGCAGGUAUGUGCAAGCCUCGAGUUGCUCGAUAAGCGUAGAAGCGCCGGCGGUGGCGGAGCGACGGAUCUCGCGGAGAGCGUCGACAAGUACUUUCCGGAGGGCCUCACUCUGCAGGCUCUGCUGAGACGUCUCCGGAAGGGAGAUCUCCGCAUCACGCCGAAACUGCUGGUCGGCUUACUGCGGAACGUUCAGUACGAUAGCUUCGACAACACGGUGCGCAGGAUCGAGAGAAUAGUAAUCGAGCAUUUGGAAACGCUCCGAGAUUCGGGAUUGCCCUACCAAUUGAACGAUUACAGUAAAAUCAAGAGCGUGGCUAGUUUAUUGAGAACCCUGCUGCAAGGAAACGCCGAGCGAUUCCCCGCCAGGGAAAAAAGAGCAGCCCUUAUGCUGGCCGAUCACGUAGAGCGAGACGUCAAUUCCAUAAGCGAGAACAUCGAAAAUUUCGGCUCCAUCUACGAGAACCGAAAGAUAAACUUGAAGUAUCUGUUCGAACUCGUCGUUCCCGACGACCUCGUGGAUACGGACAUCGUGAAGGCGAGGAAUCGGUUGGAAGAGGUGAUGGACGAAAAUGACGUCCCGAUGAAACUGUCGAUCGAGAAGUACGAACACGCCGAUCCGGCUCAGCUCAUGCUCGAAAUUCUCAGGCAGAUGAAGUACGUGCCCAAAACCAUAUCCUUUCCCAAAAACGCCGUCAAAGCGUUACGCAUGCAUGCCGAUUUCUGGAGAAAGGGAUACACGAUCGACAAUGUUUCGGACUUUCUAAAACUUUUUAGCGCUUACGACAAUUUGAUGGACCAUCCAAAUUACACGGACUUUUUCGACCUGAUAGAGUCGAUAAAGGUUAAACUCGCGAACUCGAGAAACGUCGACCUCGAACUAACGUGUACCAUGCCCAGACCGUGUCUGCGCAGAGUUCUGUUGAAAAUUCUCGAAUGCAACAUGAUCGACGAUGACACGAAAAAGACAGUCCUGAAAUUCUUGAAUAUGAUAAAUUCGAGGGGUACCCCGCUAUUGGAAGAAAAACAGUCCAACAACUUCGAAGAUUAUACUCCGUUGGAAGUGACUGAAAAAUACGUGGACCUGACGACGGAGCAGAGUACUGUAACCACGGUCCCUCCGAAUUUGGAUGUUCCAACAGAAACAAAAACGACUGCCGCUUACUCGACUAAGAGUACUCCAAAGCACAUACUUAAAACCCCCGCAGAACCAUUGGACAAAGCGAAAAAAUCUAAACCAUCAGCCAAAAGAACUCCGACAAACGAAAGAGGUACGCAUACUCCCAAAAUCAUCGGUGAAUUUUCCCCCGAGAAAGCCGACAAAAACAAAAUACCUGUGGGCAAUCUGAAGAAAAAAAAUCCGAAAAAAGAAAUUGAUCCGAACGAGAGAAUAAAAAAGAAACGUAAACCAGACGAGCCGUCGACCGAAUCAGAAACACCGAUCGAAUGUGAAGAUGGCCAGGAAUGUCCAGCGGAUCUGGAAUCGUCAACUGAUCGUCUGAAAAAGUCUAACAAGCCAAUAAGAAAGCAGCUGAAACCCAGCAACCCUCGAGAUAUUCACAAGCCAAAAUUACCGAUAAAUUGUGAAGAAGGUGAGGAAUGCCCAUCGGAAACAGAUUCUCCGAUCGAUCGUCCAAAAACUGGAAAUAAGCAUAUAAAGAAGCAUAAACCGAAGCAACCUCUGGGAACGAUAGAAUCGCCGAUAAAAUGCGCGGAGGGACAAGAGUGCUCUCAAAAGCCAAAAUCAUUUACUGAUCAGCCGAAAACAAUUUCAUCAAUGGAGGACACAAGCGUAGUACAACAAAUUGUAACAGAAGGUUCUAUAUUGUCUUCGAUCGAACACACCACGAGUGACGGAGAAGCUGUUACCGAAGAAAUUUUAAAAGACAGCACCACGAAUCCUCCAACAACACCUGCAGAUGGUUUACAUGGCUACAUCGAGGAGAGUACUACGAAUUUUCCAACAGAAUCCACAGAAAGCUCGCGAUCUUUCACGAAUGAAUACACUACAACAGAGUCGGAAAGAUCGACAAAACAUCCAACGGACUAUUUACAAGAAACCACUAUAACAUCCACGGGUGAUAAUACUGAUGACGAACCUUUUACAGAAAAUUAUACGACUAUUGGAGCGCGAAAAAAUAAAAUUAAUAUAAAGGUAUUGGAAGAAAGUACAACUAUUUCACCAAAAAUAAAACAGAAGAGUCUAAAACAACCGAUUGAGGGAAAAUUACAUAUCCGAGGAAACAAACAACAUCGUACUGAAACUGUAGAGGAAACUACGAAUCCAUUGAUUUCCGACGAAGAUUGCAAAGAUAGUGACGAUUGUAAUAGUGAGAGAUGCAAGGGCUCAGCAUCUUGCUCCGAAGAGGGCAAGACAAGUGAAAGCUGUAGUAAUAGCUCCGACGGCUCCAGUGAAGAGUGUACGGAAAAAUCUUGCGAAGGUCCAGAUUGCUCGGUUACGACACCUUCGUCUUCGUCCUCAUCGUCUGUAGAGUGUGAAAACAGCUCGGAAGAAAAAUGCAGUACAGAAAGUGCGGACAGUUGUGCUGACGGAAACUGUUCUACCGCUACAACAUCAGCCCCUCGAACUACUCCUCUUCCACCACCUGUAAAUAGCCGUGAAAAUUCUACGGAAAGUUGUAGUGAUUCCGAUUGUUCUACACCAGAAAGUUGCGAAGGAGAAAGUUGCUCAAGCGACUCCAAAUCUUCUAGUAAAUGCGAAGGACCAGAUUGUUUAACAACUACAGAAAGUUGCGAAGACGAAGACUGCUCAUCUAAUAGUAAAAUUACCGACUUGAAAACAACUCCACGCGUCGAACACAUGAGAUCAACUGGCGCAAUGUGUGAUAGUGCUGAUUGUCUCGGAGAAACAAAUGAAGACUGUCAAGGGCCUGAUUGUGAGCCCACUGAACAAACGACAUCUUUGAAUUGCGAAUCGGGAGACUGCACAUCUCAACAUAAAACGUCUUGCACAGGUCCAAACUGUCCUUCUAGGAAGUCUAAAACAUGCAACGGUGAUGACUGUUCACAGAAUUGCGAGGGAGACGAAUGUUUAAAUACGAACGAUAACGUUACCAGGCCACCCAUAACAGAAUCUCCCGCAACGUUCAAAAGGACACUUUCGCCAAAGCCACUAAAUAACGAGAAUGAUAAGCCAAAACUAUGCAGCACAAAAGAUCCCCAUCGGAAACGUAAAAACGAGCGCUUACAAAGAGUACGACAGCUAAGCAAUUCAGUUCCAGAAGAACAAAUAUCUUCCAUACAGGAUAAUGAGUUACCUUCAGAUAAAGUGAAUGUACGAAGAUCCCAAAAUCGUAAAAAGGUAGAAGAAUACAUCAAACCACAGCUAGGACCCUUAUUGAAAGGAUUGACGAAAGCUACGGAAAUAAACAAACUCAAUAAAAAUAUCAGAAACCAGCGCCAGUUCCGUCGGGAUAAAUCAUUGCAAACGUCACAAGCAUCAGUUAAUAAACAGCUAAAUCAUUCUUAUCCUUAUCCUGCGGGUUUGCAUACAAGUCUGAACACUGAUUCGGAUCUGAAUCUAAAUGCCCACCGUCGAUCGAACAAUUUACAAAAUCAAGGGAAAAAAUCCAACAAUAUUGGAAAAAUGUCACGAGGACAAGAGUACACGAUUAAACCGAGACAGCGAAAUAAUAACUUGAAUAAUUCGAAAAUCUCUAAAAUGGAUCAUCAAUUUAGCGCACGUAAUAAUCAAAGAAAGCAGCAAACAGUGGGCAAAAGUUUCGACUAUUUUGAAUACACUUCGCCACCCCAAUUAUACCAAAACAAACAGAAGCUGUUUUCUAAAACAAAGCCCGUAACAAUUUAAUGUUCCACAACAUGUUUGCGUGACAAAAUGUAAGGACUUUAACAUUUGAGGUUGUGUAUAAUCAUGUAAAAUAACGUUGAGAUUGUUGAUUCUUUUGCAAAAAUAGGAUACGUGCUAUGUAUAAUUGUACUGAAAAUAUUUUAAAAAAUAAAAAUUAUUACCGUGAAUUUGAAUAUACUUUCUCCAAAAAGGAUGUGAACCCUAUAAACUGAUUUUGAUGCAUGCUGGUAACAAAAUGGGAAAAAUAAUAAGGUUGGCUGGAAUAUAAUAGCGGAAAUAAAUAAUAUAUGGCAAAUUA